UCAAGGUUGUCUUAACGAAAGUGGGAGAUUUGAGCUGAUCUCUACUUUUCUUCGUUCGAGUUGUUAACGUCCUUUUCGUACCACCUAUCUCAUACGAUUUGUCAGACUGUUGAUCCUUCCAUCCCCGUCGAGUGGAGUAUCUCUGAUCUUACACCUCAGCAUCUUUGAGGUUUAUGUCAAUCCUCUCGAAAACUAGGUUUCAUAUUUGUACCACGAUCUUUUAAUCAACACAAGAAAUACUUAGAUCGAAGUCGUCGAUUAAUUGUCUUUUGAAAAUGGCCAAGAAGAAAUCACUUGUUAUAACUGACCCAUCUGCAAAUCAAGGUUAUAUUGACGGAAAAUUUGAUAAAGAACCUUCAGACUUUUGUAAUAUUUGUCUCCUCAUAUUCCUCUACAUUUUGCAAGGCAUUCCUCUUGGACUGUCGUCUGCAGUCCCUUACUUAUUACAAUCAGAUCCAAAAUCGGCUAAUUACCAAUCACAAGCAGCUUUCUCGUUUGCAUUUUGGCCAUUUUCACUUAAAUUAGCUUGGGCUCCAAUAGUAGACUCGUUGUACAGUUCACGUAUAGGAAGGCGAAAGACUUGGCUCAUUCCCGUUCAAUAUGCUCUUGGAAUUAACCUACUUAUUAUCGCGCUCUAUGUUAACCAGUGGUUGGGGCGUACACCUGACAACCCAUGGGGCCCAUUAGGUGUAGUGCAUCCAGUGGAUAUCUCACGCUUGACUGUAGCUUUCUUUGGACUUACUUUUCUUGCAGCUACACAAGAUAUUGUAGUAGAUGGAUGGGCACUUACAAUGUUGUCUAGGAAAAACUUAGGAUGGGCUUCCACAUGUAAUACAGUUGGUCAAACAUUGGGUCAUUUAAUUGCGUUUGUCGUCCUCAUGUGUUUAGAAUCACCAGAUAUUUCUAAUAAGUAUAUACGAUUGACUCCUGUUGAAGGUGAAGGGCUGAUUACUUUUUCAGGUUUUCUUUAUUUUUGGGGUAUUGUAUUCCUGGUGGCAACCACACUUGUUGGAGUUUUUAAGAAGGAAGUACCUCAUAAUCUGUCCGUUAUAUCAUCUGCUCAUUCUAAUCAACUUGAUAAUCAUUCAAAUGGUUCGGUAGCCUAUUUAAAUCAAACAGGAAAUAUCGAAGGACAGUUAUCGUCUAGAAAUCGUAUCGCACAAACAAAUACAAUUGAUAAACAAAUUAGUUGUGAAUCCACUCGAAGUCGUUCACGUACUCCCAGUGGUUGGAGUCGUAUUAUUGAAAUUCCUCCCGAUGAAGAACUGAAUGUAACUGAGUCAAACAAAGAAUUGUCAUUAUUUGAUACCUAUCGUUUUAUGUUAGGUAUUUGUAAAUUGAAGCCUAUUUUACAAUACAUAUUGUUAUUAUUCAUUGCCAAGGUUUGCUUCUGUCCUGCAGAUGCGAUAUCUGGACUAAAGCUAAUCGAACAAGGUCUACCAAGAGAGCAACUUGUUUUCAUUGGGGUCCUACUUUUACCGCUUGAAGUGAUUCUACCACUGCUUAUUACUCAAGUGACAAAUGGACCGAAAUUAUUAAAAUAUUAUACAUGGGCUUUUUUACCUCGUUUACUUCUAGCAACAUUAUCUGUUCCAUUGAUUUAUUUUGCACCGUACUUUAAAAUUUCAAAUCAAGUCCAUUCAAUCAUUCGUAAUAAUCAUACAUUAGAAGAGUCAGCUCCCAUCCUUGAAUCAACUACAACUCAUACAUCAUUCUCAUGGCUUUUCUAUGGUAUCAUGAUUUGUCAUUUGGCUAUUUAUUCAGUAUUCUCUACUGUGAUGUUUAUUACUCAAGUAUCAUUUCAUGCAAAAAUAAGUGAUCCAGCUGUAGGUGGAACUUAUAUGACGUUGUUAAAUACUGCGGCUAACUUAGGUUAGUUUAUUAAUACUUUUAAGUCUGUUUUUUUCCUCAAUAAUCCAUUAAAUCAUGAUAAUUGCAAUAAUUUUUCUACAAAUAUCCUUUCAUAUUGUUCAGAAUGUCUGCAUGACUUUUACUGGGUUGGAAUAAACUGGAAAGAUCGAUAUUACUACUGUUAUCAUUUAUGUAUAUGAUUAUGGCUUAGUCCUGUGAAGACUGCUACGGAUUUAUUGGUUUGAAUCUAUUUUUACUCGUUUUAGUUUGAGCUGUUGGGUUGUAUUUUUUACUCUUCCUGAUUGAUUACAGGUUGUUUUAGAUCACGAGUUAACUUUAGACAGACAAAUAUUGAAUAUCAGGAAGCACUAGAAAGCUAUAUCGUCCUACUGUAGGACUCAGUAGCAAAGUAUUUUGAUGAUCCAUAUAUGAGAACGUUUUCAAGGUCCGUUAUGUCUUAAUUUAGUAUUUUAUGGAUUUUUAGUGGAUUUCAGAAGCCCCUUAUUUGUAAUAAUUUGGAUUGAGAUUCUUUCUGAGCGGAGAACGUUUAUACCUUAUUCAAAUUCUGGCCAAUAAGUUGUGAAAUACUACUUAGUCGAUAAAUCUAUCAUUUUUUGUAACUUUUUGUUUUCAUAUAAAUAUACACAUGUGAAUAUGUCUCUUAAGAUUACUUAUACCAGUAAAUAUUAUAGUGCUUUGACGAUCUACGAAGGCAAUUGUGUCUGCCUUAGUCAGUUUUGACUCCUUCAUUCAUCUGCUUGUAUAUUUCAUGGCUUAGUAGACGAAUAUUUCUCAGAGAUAUCCUUAGUGUGUAUCAUAUUAAAUCAUUCAUGUUACACAAACUAAUCUUCAUUAUAAAUCUUAUCCAUACUAUUCUCUACUAAAUAAAACACUUGUCGUUAACUGUUUUCAAUUCAUAGCUACAAGUUUGCCGAAUACUCUCUUUUUAUCACUCGUCGAACCACUUACUCUACGAAAAUGCUCUGGAGCUGAUUUACUAAAAGCUGGGUUAUUAUCUUUACGAACUAAUUCUAUUCAAUCUGUUAAUACAAUGAAUAUAACUCAUCAUAUACAAUAUUCAAAAGAUGAGAUUUAUAGAAAUGGACAGUUAUGGUUGGCUAAUAAUGCUACCUGUGAGAAUUCUAAAACUAUUCAGGCUUGUCUUGAUAUCGGUGGAACAUGUUCAAAAUUGCUGGACGGUUUCUACGUUGAAGUUGGAUUAUGUUUGCUUUUCGGAUUGGUUACAUUCCCAACAAUAGUACUUCCUUAUGCUAAUCAUCUUGACACUCAACCAAAUGAGGCGUUUACUUUUCGUCCUUCAUCAUCACUAGCCAGACAUCAAAGUAGAAGUGAUAAUAAUGAGACAAAAAAAACUAGAAGGGAUUGAAAAAAGGCUUCGGAACUAAAGUAUAAUUUGUUUACCGUUUUGUGAAUAUAAUUCCCAUGUUGCACUGUCUUCUUGUUUGUUAUUUUGCCCAUUCUUGUUAUAUACAUUUAUGUGGAUGCUAUUUUACUUUUCACUUUCUAUGUGAAUGUUUUUCCACGAAAUAUUCAUCGCUGUGAAUUCGCUUCUCUCUGAGAUGUAGAUUUAUAACUCAUAUACACACGCACGCAUACUCACAUGUAUGUCCUAUCCUGCCCUUUCUACACAAUGACACAGACGACGAUACUGGUAGUGUGAGAUUUAAUUAGGCAUAAAAUGUUGAAGUUCAUUAUUACAUCUUAAUUGUUUUGUGUUAUGUGUAUACAGAAAUGUAAUUUUAAAUUUCACGUUGUAGAUUGUUAUUUAUUUCAUAAUAUUACUUCUAUUAUUUUUGUUAUUUACAUGUGUAAAUUCUUUAUACGUGGGUGUUGAUAACCGAAUGGAAAAAAUAAAUUAUACAAAAAAUCCGUUCAUUUUCAUUUGCU